AUGGAAAGCACCAACCAAGCCAUUUAUGACGAUCACAUUGAACCGCCUCAGAGCCUUGGCAUGAUUGGUCAAAAUGCUUGGUUUGUGCCUAAGUUCACGGCAUCCAGAGAUUCCACCGUGCUAGAUUACAGGGGUCUACAAGGACCCGAAAAAAGACAAAAACUUGCCGAGCACUUUCACAGACCAACCACCUGGAAAGACUACUGCGAUCAGGUGUCCUCCGAUGGGUGCAGCAGUCCCGACAAUGUAGCAGCUAGGCCGCCACAAAAUCAAGAUGAAGAGCAACACUUCUUUCACAGUGGUGGCAUCUACACAGGACACUUUCGACCAACCGACAAAAACAAUUGCACCUUACAUCCGGACUCCUGCACGGGAUUCUUUGCGGACUAUCCUUGUGAGUGGGGCAGUCCAGUUGCCACGCAGCUGUACAAUCUGGAUAUUGCUCUGGAUGUCGAUCUGGAUGUUCAUCCAGGAGGUCUCACACAU